CCUGAGGGUCUGUAGAGCCACUCAGACUGUGACCUGAUGAGGUGGAGAAGGGAGGAAGGCAGCGGACAGAAGAAGUGAGAAAAGAGAGAGGAGAGAAAGGAGCUUCUAAAAGUCUGACUGAGGAGGAGAAGAAGAAGCAGCUCUCGGAGUAGCACUGGAGGAGAGAAACUGGAGGAAGGAGAGACGAGAAAAGGAAACAAGACGGACGGAGAAAGAGGAAAAUAGCAAUGUGACUGUGAAGGAGGUGAUUCAGAGGAGGAGAGAGAAAUCAGGCAACAAAAGGAGGAGAAUUACGAAGUGACUGCAGAUGCCGACUUGCACGUGAGGAGGAGAAAAAGAAAGGAGAGCUGAUGUGACUGUGGGGUUUAAAACAGGGCGACCUGGGGGAAGAGGAGCAGCAGAUGUUUGCAGAGAGAGUCAACUGAAACGCUCCAGCUGUGAUUGAGAAGCAGAUCAGGUCCUGAUGAUGGGCUGCUGUCUGUUUGUUUACUAUCGGAAGAAGAGGAAGCAGGCAAGCAGAGAUGCAGACUCCCUCAGUCUCUGCAGUCUGGACAUCAACGAGCCCAGCACCAAGCGCAGUAAACCUGCAUCCAGGGUGACGUCUCUGGCCAGCCUGCUGCCGCCCGUCAAGACCGCACCGCUGAAGAGGAUCGGUCAGACGCUGCAGCGCUCCAUCAGUUUUCGUUAUGAGAGUCGGACGGAGAGAGUCGCUCCUCCUCCUCCUCCUCCUCCCUCCUCUUCGACGAUGAAGACGCGUGUUAUCUCAGCGACUGUCUCCAACCCUUCCUCCUCCAUGACAGCGACACGGGGUUCCAUGGCAACAGCCCCAGCCGCCAAGCGCCGGGACAGCAAGCUUUGGAGCGAGACGUUUGACGUCCGACUCGGGGCGACACAACCUCUGAGUCCAAAAGAGAUAAAACGACAAGAGGCGAUAUUUGAGUUGGCUCAGGGCGAGCAAGACUUGGUGGAGGAUCUCAAGUUGGCUAAGAAGGCCUACCAUGACCCGAUGCUGAAGCUGUCAAUCAUGACUGAGCAGGAACUCAACCAGAUCUUUGGUACUCUGGACUCGCUGAUACCCCUGCAUGAAGACCUGCUGAGUCGCCUCAGAGACGCCAGAAAACCUGACGGGUCAACAGAGCAUGUGGGACACAUCCUGACUGACUGGCUGCCCUGUCUGUCCUCCUACACCCCGUACUGCAGUAACCAGGUGAAGGCCAAGGCCUUGUUGGACCAGAAGAAGCAGGACCGGCGGGUCCAGGACUUCUUGCAGCGCUGUCUCCAGUCGCCCUUCAGCAGGAAGUUGGACCUGUGGAACUUCCUGGACAUUCCCCGCAGCCGACUGGUGAAAUACCCACUGCUGCUCAGGGAGAUCCUGAAGCACACACCCAACGACCACCCGGACCGGCAGCACCUGGACGAGGCGAUGCUGAUGGUUCAGAGUGUGGUGGCCGACAUCAACAGGCGGACGGGGGAGUCAGAGUGUCAGUACUACAAAGACCGUCUGUUGUACAUGGAGGACGGACAGAGGGACGAACUCAUCGACCAGUCCAGGACCCUCAGCUGCCACGGAGAACUGAAGAACAACCGAGGACUCAAGCUCCAUGUCUUUCUGUUCCAGGACGUCCUGGUCAUCACCAGGUCGGUCUCGCUGAACGACCAGCCAGUCAGCUAUCAGCUCUGCCGCCAGCCAAUACCCAUCCGGCAGCUGGAACUGGAGGACCUAUCAGAUGGAGAGAUGAGAGUGGGCGGGUCCAUCAGAGGGGCCUUCAGCAACAACGAGCGCACAAAGAACUUCUUCCGGGUUUCGCACCGUAGCGGAGGUCAGCUGCAGAGCCACUUCUUCCAGGCCAGCGACGCCUUCAACAAACAACAAUGGAUAAACUGCAUCAGACAAGCCAAGGAAGCCGCAGCACUGACUGGAGACCUGCCAACGCUGACAGGACCGUGUCUGGAGAAAGAGCUGGGUGGACAGAAAGGGACACUUGAUGGGACAGCACUGAGUUCGCGAAGUGAUUCAGGGAUUGAAGAUGAGAAAGGGAUGUGGGGGGAGAUGGAGACAGGGCUGUGUUUGGAAGGACAGGAGGGUCUGAGUGGAGGUCAAGAUCUAAGUUCAGGUAAAGAGGCUGAGGUGGGUUUGACUCAGGAGACAAUGCCAGGUAGGGAGAUGGAGACAGGUUUGGCUGUGGAUGGUGGGACAGGUUUUGAAUUACAUGGAGAAACAGGGAUGGACAGUCAGACGAGGGCGACAAUCAGUGGGACAGAGACAGGGGAGAUGGAGACAGGGCAGGGUCUCUGUGACGAGAUGGGGGCAGAGCUGGGAGCCGGAGCAGGCUGGAAGAUGGAUGGAGAAGGAGGAGGAGGAGGAGGAGGAGUAGAAAGAGAGACUCUCAGCAGAGGUGGUAACGAUGUUCCGACCUCCCCCCUCUCCCCUGCUUCUCCCACUCAAGAGGAGGAGGUGAUAGAGGGGGGGUGGAGAGGCGCUAAGGAGGAGGAGGGCUGCAUGGACACUAAUGAUGUUGACUUACUGGAGGGUGAGGAUCUGUCCCUUAGGUGCUGAUACUAGGACCAAACAAAAAAAAAGGACUGACACUGCAUCCAAUCAAAGAAGGGAUGAUGAUGAUGAUGAUGAUGAAGAUGUCACUUACAACAAUCACUUGAACUUGUUAAGAAACAUUAAACAGUGUGUUCUAGAACACUGUAACUGCUGUAUCCUGACUGCUGGUAACCACGGUAACCACUGCGUUCUAGAAUGCCACAACAACCAUCACCCCUACACUCUGGAACACUGGCCCCAUGUAGCUGUACUAACGGCAUGGAUGCUAUUAAGAGAACUGGACACCAAUGGUGCCCCAUUCAUUCCAAUGAAAGUUAUUCAGCAUGAACAUACUGCAAAAAAAACUUUUUUCGGGCUUCCUCAGGCUUUCCUCUGCAACUUCCACAUUUUGGAGUUUUGUGAUGCUCAGCAAAAUGUAUUUAUGGUUUUACUGCCUUUUGAAAUGAUGUAUUUGUAUGGGGCAAAUUAUUUGUGGGCCAGUGGCUGUCACAUGACCUGCAGUUCCAACUGCGGCCACAAUGCCAAAAGUCACCUCACAGCCCAACACUAUUUUUCGGAGCUUGAGCUUUACUCAUGUUACCGUGACUACUGCUGUAUCCCACAUCCCACACACCAUGUUACACUUCACCAGAUUAGAGGGUGCAAGAGUGAAACUAUUUCCUGGCUUGUUUUAUUCUAGUUUACUUUAUCCUGAAUUUAUUUCUUCAUAGUUAACAUUUGCUCACUUACUUAUAUUUUGCACUAGACCAGCUUUUGGACAAACUCUGUGUUGCUGCCUAUAGUCUUCACUUUUGCAUUUGGACUGUUAAAGUUUCCCAGUGGAGUUUGUGUCACUACUGGCAUUAAGAACAGGAGCCCUAUACUAACAUGCACACAAAGAUGUACAUGUAUAUGCAGGUGCUCACCUAUUACGCAAUACACCUUCACACUAAUGGUUUCAAGCUGUUGGCACUAAUAGCUAGUGACAGUAACAAUGCCCAGGAAGAGGAAAGAAAUGUAUUCAACACAUUUGUUAGACCUCAAUAAUAACCAGAAGGUGUUUAGGUGAGAAACAAGAUAACUUGUUUGUUUACAUAAAGACUCCACUGGGCACCUUUAAAGAAACACUGCCAAUAGUUUUUAAAGUAACGAGCAGAAAAGACACACCCCAUAUAAACUUCUGCUAUGUGCUAAUUCAACACUAAUAUUUUCAGAAAAACCUCUACCAUAGAUCUGCUGAUGUCAGCAUCAUCCUCAGCUAAUACAUGCAAAAGGUAAAGCCGAUCACAAAAGUCAUAUUCAACUCAACAGCUUUUUGCAUUUAAAACACUAUGAGUGAAUUAUAAUGAAUCGUGUGUAGCUAACUACCACUAAACGCUAACUUACCAUCUCUGUUGUAGAGAUUUGGCAAAUACAAAGAGGCAGAAAAAGAGCGGCAUUAGUCGUGGUAAGGAACGCUUACCUUCCAUAGCUUUCAAAGAAUAAUUACAAAUAAUCAAACUUGUAUCUCCAAUUAUAGGGAUUUUUAUUUCCAUCAGUUAAUCAGAUGAAAGAUUAUUCCAAAUUUCUUGUUCUGUUUCUAAAACUCUGUUCAUCAUGUCUUAUAAUCACUUGUAAUGUCUGGAAACACUGGAGAAGACAGAGCCAGUUCUCAUGGCACAUCAAAGUAACAAGUUACUCAUUAUUAGCUGAUCUAUGAGUCUAAAUUUGCAACCAUUUGUAAAUGUGAAUGUUCUCCUAUGAAUAAUGUUCAUGUGUAGGUGCUCUCCAGCAGAAAAUACAUUUUAAGUGAAAAGUGAUGCAGGUCCAGGUUGCAAUGAUUACAGUACGUGUGAUAGCGAUGCUCAGUGAAUUUCAGUGUAGGGGGGAGUGAAGUAAGGGUGUUGUAGGUUGUAUAGGCUUUUGCCCUUUACACGGCAUUAAGUCCCAUCUCUGACCGUGACUAUUUUAUCAAACCACGACCAUGAUGUUUCUGUAAAAGAGCUUUAAUUGCCUAAUGCCUCAAACAUGCAUUAAAUAUUUUUGAUAUUAUAUUGAUGUGAAAGAGUGUAAGUGUUUAGGAUUUUGGACCCACUGACCUUUUUAGCCUCUUUUAGUUCCUAGAUUUGUUUUACAGCUAAUUUUUUCAUAGUUCAGUUUUUGUGUUUCCAGCUGCAGCAGGCGGCGUUUUUCCACACACUCACUGUAAACUACCUGACCAGCACCAAAUGACAGACAGGCAACAGAUGGACACAAACGGGACUCCAGUGGGAUGAUCGUAUUGCUGUGUGUGCUGAUACAUGCAAGUUUAUCAGUCGUCUGUUAGUGAUAGCAGCAUGAUCAAGUGAGCUGGUGUUGGCUGUGUAUCUGUCAGUUGUUUGAUGUUUCCCCAUGUAGAGGCCAAAAAUUAAUUAAUGCAGUGUUUAAAAGGCAAGGAAGUUAUGCAGGAACACUGCUGAAAAAAAAAAAAAAAAUGUUGGAAAUGAAUAUUUUGCAAGCGUAGACCCUAGAAAUACUCUUAAAGCAAAACCUUAAGCUAUCGGCACAGUAUAACCUUUCCUUGUGAAUGAAUGUAAUUGUAGCACGUAGUCGACUUAAAGUAUUCCAAAUACAUUAAUUGAAUCUUUAGUGGAUUUUCCGUAUUGACCAUCGAUCCCUACCACAAACUUCUAUAAAACUGAAACAGCUGCUGUUACUACGAAGCUGCUGCAGCUUGGUGGCAAUCAGAGUCCUGAGGGAGGAGCCUGUUGUGUAUGUACUGUAUGUAAAGAAUGUAUAUGAAGUCUGUCUGUAUAUGAAUGUAGGAACAAAGCCAAGCAUGUCUGUUUGUUAUAUAUGUCCUUACACAUAACACAUGAAAUAUGACUUACAAUGUCUGGACAAUCAGUUUGAUAUUAUAAAUGACCACUGUCAGGAUAGUUGUGAUGGUGAUGAGGGUGGAUGAAGUUUACCACAGUGGUUAAGUUACCAGACAACUACCAAACUUUUAAAAGCAGGUUAUUUACACAUCUCAGAGAGGACUAAAGAUACACAGACAAUACUUGUGCACUAAUGUGUGGAUUGUCACAAGACCAAAGCAUCAAUAAAUUGUUUUAAAAAGAA